AUGGCUUGUUUGCAGACCCCUUUCUCAGUCCCUGACUUGAAAAGUUGGUGUCGAGGUGAAGGUAUUGAUCCAGAUUAUGCCAUCAUUGUGAGUAGAAUUCCAGAAGAGACAGAUGUUUCUAAAAUUGAAGACACUAUGCAUUCCAUCAAAGCCCUUGGAAGAGUCAGGGUAAGAGGACGGAUGUAUAGCCAGGAAUCUCAGUCUCUGAUAGUGCUAUGUGAAUGUCGUGAGAAGGUGCAUGGAAGGAGACUCCCUCUUGAUGUAUUGCCUGUUGAUGGAUCAGACCCAUGGAUCCUGAGUGCUGACAGAAUGGAGGGUAAUGUUUUAGAUGUUGAAAGGGAAAGUUUUGUUGCGCCUGAUGAAUCAGAGCUAAGAGAAGAACAUCAAGAGUCAAGUUUACCUAACUUGUUAAAUGCUUCUACGCCUGAGUCUAUCAUCAGGGCGGUGGGUGAAUUGCUAGCUAAAACCACCAAAAUCUCAAGUGAUAGCAGUUCCUUCAGACGGCUGAGGACCUUUUCGGGUAUCACUCCCAUUCCAGCUGGAGAAGAUAAUUUAGAGAAUUGGAUGGAACAAGCAAUGCUCAUGGUUGAGGAAAGUGAUCGUUCCGAAAAAGAAAAGAAGUUAAGGAUUAUGGAGAGUUUGCGUGGACCAGCCUUGGAGAUCAUCCAAGCGGUAAGGUUUACCAAUGCUGAAGCAUCUCCAAAAGAGUACUUAACAGCCAUAGAGAGUGCUUUUGGAAGCUCAGAGUCUGGUGAAGAUCUGUAUUUCAAGUUCAGAGCAGUACGGCAACGUCAAGGAGAAUGCUUGUCGGAUUUUCUGAGAAGACUUGAGAAAAUCUUGAUCAGAGUUGUACAAAGAGGAGGGUUACCUGCCCAGUCUGCUGGAAAAGCACGUCUGGAGCAACUCCUUAGAGGAGCAACCCAGUCUGACAUCAUGCUGCUUCAGUUACGGCUAAGGGAACGAAAGCGUAACCCACCUGAUUUCCUAGAUCUGCUACAUGAGAUUCGGGAAGAGGAGGUACGAGAAACUGAAAGACGAAAGUCUAAUCCAACAGUUCGUCAAGUGCAGGUUGGAAGCGAGAAUAUCAAAGAUCCAUUCUUUUAA